UCGAAUAGUGAACGUGUCGCGUUAUUUCAAGCGUUUAUAUUUCGCGCCGCUAGACUACAUUGGUUUACAUUGGACGAUUAUUUCCACGCGUCUUCCGGUCUCGUUCUACAAGUCAAAUAAUAUAUUACAUUUAAUUAUUUGGCUUCCGUUUCAGUGAGGUUUUGAUUCGAAUCACGUAGUAACGGAUCGGCGAGAUUACAACUUGGCGUUGUCAACAAUUGUUCCUUCGUGUUUUUUUUUAUGGUGAUCCAUAUGAAUCAUUCCAGCGAAAAUAACCCAGAAGACGGUAUGUCGACUUACGUUAGAUCAACCGAUACGCAUUUGGGAACAUUGACAAGGAUCGUGGGUGUCUGUACAGCGAUCGUUGUAUGCGGAGUUGGAGUGGAUGUGGCGUACCGUCGACACAAUAUGGGCCUUUACGUUACAGCCUCGUCCCUGAUGAUCUUUUUUCUCGAAAUCACCUGGGCCAUCACUUUAUUCGUACAGAUUUGUGUCAGAAAUGAAGAAUCCCUUUGUUCGUAUUGCUGGUCGCGCGUACUCGCGAUAACGAAGGGUUGGCGAAGAGCAUUGUUUUAUCUACCGCUGUCCUGCAUUUUGGCGUGGAAACCACACAAACUCGGGCUUUCCUAUGUCGCGGCCGGCUUGUUAGUAAUUUUAUCUUUAUUGCACAUUGCUUCGAGCGCUUUAGGAAGACGUAUUUCCUGCCAAUCAAGCUCCGGGACAGAUUCUGUUGGGGAAAGUCUUCUAAACACGAGACCCGAAAAUUAUGAUCGCUUCGAAGAAGUUUUGGUACCAGAAGUAUUAGACGACGGUGUGUCUGGACCAACAGUACGAAUCGGUGACAGCGAUGGAGAAAUAUGACACGAGCGUCAACCCUCUUGGGUCAGUGAAUCCGAUGAAGAUAGUGAGCCAGAACCAAAGACGUGUCAAAUAGCUACAGUAUCUUAACUUCUUUGAAGUUUGGAUAAAGAGGAAACACGUGUUCAAACGUGUAUCGAACGAUACGUGUAAUAUCGAGCAACCAGACAGAUUUCUUCGUCCGGCAUAAUUAAGUAUAGGGCAUUAAUAACACAUAAACUCGAAAUUAACAAGAAAAAAAAAA